AUGGCGCAAGAUAUAGCAUCUUCCAGUCUAUACAGAUCUCACCUGUCCCCGCCGACUGUCAGUAGCCUGCCUCCAGGACAGCCUGGUCCAACGGAUCAGACAGGCACGCUGAAGAGAAAACGGACUGAUGAAGAAAGUGCGGACACCACAAAGAGGGGUGGACCAGUGCUUGAGCUAUCCAACCUCGGCACAUCUAAGCUCAGCAGGAACGAUGAUUCGACUAGCGAGACAGCCAAGCUUGACAAAAGUUCUGAUAUGUUUAUCAAAUGUAGAUGGUUAGGAGAGAACUCGAUGUACCUCUUUUCUAUCAGUCUGAACGUCAACAUGGAUGAAACUAGUCUCUGGAACAAGAUUCGGGACAAACUGCACUGCUCGCUCAAUCAUGCUGCCGGAGUGGAGGUUUUGGACACUAUCAAAUUGCGUGGUGGAGCCCGGUGGACGAUUUCAUCUGCGCCAAAGAUUGAAAGCUCUUAG